CCUGCCUGUGAUGUGACGUCACGUUGCCGUCGACGCUACGCUAGGCUUUGGCAGACUCAAACGACGGGAGCCCUACGGUGGACAGGACGGUUUUUGGGACAGACGGACAGACAAACAGCGUGGAGCGCGGUACGAGCACGGCGUCGCGACGAGACAUGUCUGCGGCAGGCCCUCCGCGCGCCAAUAACAACAACACGGAAGCCUGGGCGAGCUUCGAUGACCACAUCGUCCACGGCGGCUCGGCGGUCAUUGACAUGGAGAACACGGAUGACACGUCGGGCUCCAGCUUCGAGGAUGUGGGCGAGAUGCACCAGAGGAUGAAGGAGGAAGAAGAAGAGGAAGAGGCCGAUGAGGGAGAAGAGGCCGACGCUGACUUCUUGGGCGUCAAGGGCUUCAAGGGCCAGCUGGGCAGGCAGGUGGCGGACCAGGUGUGGCAGGCGGGAAAGCGUCAAGCAUCUCGCGCCUUCAACCUGUACGCCAACAUCGACAUCCUCAGGCCCUACUUUGACGUGGAGCCUGUUCAGGUGCGCAGCAGGUUACUGGAGUCACUGGUUCCCGUCCGCAUGAUCGACUUCCCUCAGAAGAUUGCGGGUGAGUUGUAUGGACCCCUCAUGUUGGUCUUCACUCUGGUCGCCAUCCUGCUGCACGGCAUGAAGACGUCGGGCACCGUGAUUAGAGAGGGCACCCUGAUGGGAACGGCCAUCGGAACAUGUUUCGGCUACUGGCUGGGAGUUUCAUCCUUGGUCUACUUCCUGGCGUAUUUGUUGAAUGCCCAGAUCACCAUGUUGCAAACGCUGUCCUUGAUGGGCUACGGCUUGUUCAGCCACUGCGUGGUUCUCCUGGUGAGCUACAACCUUCACUUCCACCUGCUCUUCUACGCCCUCUGGCUGCUGCUGGGAGGACUGUCCACGCUGCGCAUGGUGACCGCCCUGCUGUCACGCACGGUGGGUUCGACACCGCGUCUGCUGUUGUGCGCCACCGUGUCUCUGCUACACAUGCUCUUCCUGCUCUACCUUCACUUUGCCUACCACAAAAUGGUGGAAGGCCUUCUGGACACCUUGGAAGGAUCGAACGUGGCCGCCAUGCAGCGGGUGGCCAGAGACGUGGAAGGAGCCGGGCCCAACAUCACCGCACGAGCCCUUGGCCUCGCCCUCGCCAUGUGACCCUCGGACUUCCGGUCUUUAUAUGCUCAUUGGACAAAAAAUUAUUCUGUUGCACUUUACAGUUUCAACACAAGAUGAAGUUCAGUGGUCAAAACCAGACAUGUUGAAAUCAAUGGAGGAAACUGCAAAAUGAGUUAUUUUUUUUCCCCAGUUAAAAUUAUUAUUCCAUGAAUUUACUGCAUCUCUGAUGUUUCCGAAAAAGCAGCCCAUGUGAAAGUCAAAAGUGGAACAUUAUAGCUAUUGAACUGUUUAUGGAAUGACCCCGACACAAAAUGGCCGAUGUCCGUCCUAAAAUCUAAAAUGUCGAAGACGUUCCGGCGCAGAGGUAUAUCAGGCUCGGUGUCAAAAGGUGGAGUGGGUGGUGUAAGUGACGGGAGGUCAUCUUGCAUCGGGGGACUGCUGUGGCGAGCUCUUGUUACAUUGCCGGUUUCUCCAACAAAAUGCUCCUAACUGGACGGAUUUACAAAUGGUUGGCUUGAUUUAAAAAUAUAUAUAUAUUGUGACCACCCUUUAUUAUAUGACAUAAUUCACCCACGGAACUUGUGUGAGAGAUGUAUAUUUGGCCGAGCACGUUUUUUUUUUUUUUUUAAAUAAAAAACUUAUUAAUGUG